GGACAUGAUGUCACACAACCCUGCUAGUUCUCUUCCGUCCCCGCAUCUUCUUCUGGCUCUGCCCAGCUCAACCAGUUUCCCAUCCUCCAAAAGCUCUUCUUCAUCCAUGGUUCUCCGUGGAAAUUUGCAUUUGACCGUAUAUUGUCGUCCGGUACUUCUUCCGUCUAUUUGAUACCCUCAGCUUCAUCCCCAUUGUCGCCAUGGCUUCUACUGAAGCCCAGGGCGGUUCUCCUGCCACUGAUGGAACAGGUCAGGCAAUAAAUACAGGGUUUUCUUUUUCUUCUGCAUAUUCCGUCGCUUCUAGAUUUUCAUUCAAUAAUUUCUCUUUUCUAUUUUCUCACUGAAUUAUCAUAGGCGUUAUCCAGCUAGAUCCAUGGCUCGAACCUUACCGUGGUGCCAUCAAGCGGCGAUUCGAUCUCGUGGAGAAAUGGAUCCAGACAAUCAAUGAAACGGAAGGCGGUUUAGAAAACUUCAGCAGGGUCGGUAUCACGGUCUUGAUUGUCGAGCCUCGAGGAUUACUGACACUUCCCGGGAGCCAAUAGGGGUACGAGAGAUUUGGCUUCAAUGUCAAUCAGAAAGGAGAUAUCACAUACCGCGAGUGGGCGCCCAAUGCCAUUGAAGCUAGUCUUGUUGGUGAUUUCAAUAAUUGGGACGUGACAGCCACUCCAAUGUCGAGGAAUGGUUUUGGGGUGUGGGAGGUCACCCUGCCUGCUAAGAAUGGAAGCCCGGCCAUUCCUCAUAACAGUUAUAUCAAAAUCACGAUGGUUAUCCCGGGUGGGGAGAGGAUCUAUAGAGUGCCCGCCUGGAUCAAACGAGUUGUUCAGAAUCUGAGCAAAUCCCCGGUUUACAAUUCCGUAUUUUGGAAUCCACCAGAAACUGAACUGUAUCAGUUCCGGCAUGCUCGCCCUAAGAAGCCUGAAAGCCUUCGAAUCUACGAGGCCCACGUUGGUAUUUCGUCCCCGGAGACCAAAGUCGCAACAUACAAAGAAUUCACAGCAAAUAUGCUACCUCGAAUCAAGUCCCUGGGAUACAAUGCCAUUCAAUUAAUGGCUAUUAUGGAGCACGCCUACUACGCCAGCUUCGGGUACCAAGUCAAUAGCUUCUUCGCUGCGAGCAGCCGUUAUGGGACACCGGAGGAUUUGAAGGAACUCAUUGACACUGCCCAUAGUAUGGGCUUGGUCGUUCUUCUCGAUAUCGUUCACAGCCAUGCAUCGAAAAAUGUCCUCGAUGGGCUGAACAUGUUUGACGGGACAGACCAUCUCUAUUUCCACGGUGGUGGAAAGGGACAGCACGAUUUGUGGGACAGUCGACUAUUUAAUUACGGCCAUCACGAGGUGCUGCGAUUUCUUUUGAGCAACCUGCGUUUCUGGAUGGAGGAAUACGGAUUCGAUGGAUUCCGUUUCGAUGGAGUGACCAGUAUUCUUUAUAUUCAUCAUGGCAUUGGAACAGGCUUUUCCGGUGGUUAUCAUGAAUACUUCGGACCAGCAGUCGACGAAGAUGGUGUCAUCUAUUUAACCAUCGCCAACGAGAUGCUCCAUAAGCUAUAUCCCGGCUGCAUCACGGUGGCAGAAGAUGUAUCUGGAAUGCCUGCGCUGUGCUUACCGCACUCGAUUGGUGGAGUAGGGUUCGACUACCGCCUGGCUAUGGCAGUCCCAGACAUGUAUAUAAAGCUUCUGAAAGAGAAGUCGGACGAUGAGUGGGACAUGGGGAGUCUCGCUUUUACUCUUACGAAUCGACGACAUGGCGAAAAGACCAUUGCCUACGCAGAAAGUCAUGAUCAAGCCCUUGUAGGAGACAAGAGCAUUAUGAUGUGGCUCUGCGACAAAGAUAUGUACACGCACAUGUCUGUCCUAACCGAACUAACCCCCGUCAUCGAACGGGGAAUGGCCCUCCAUAAAAUGAUUCGCCUCGUCACCCACGGCCUAGGCGGGGAAGGCUACCUCAACUUCGAAGGCAACGAAUUCGGCCACCCUGAAUGGCUCGACUUUCCCCGAGCCGGGAAUAACAAUUCCUUCUGGUACGCCCGUCGCCAACUAAACCUAACAGAAGAUCACCUCCUACGAUACAAAUACCUCAACGAAUUUGACCGCGCCAUGCAGCUGACCGAAGAGAAGUAUGGCUGGCUGCACUCCCCGCAGGCAUACGUCAGCUUGAAGAAUGAAUCUGACAAGGUCCUCGUCUUCGAGCGCGCGGGUCUUCUCUGGGUCUUCAAUUUCCAUCCUACCAGGUCCUUCACUGAUUACCGAGUCGGUAUCGAGAAAGCCGGUACGUACCGGAUCGUGCUUGAUACUGACGACACUGAGUUUGGGGGGUUUGGGAGAAACCAGAAGGAGACGAGAUUCUUCACGACCGACCUUGCAUGGAAUGGGAGGAGUAAUUUCGUCCAGGUUUAUAUUCCUAGCCGGACUGCUUUGGUACUCGCCUUGGAGGAAACAUUAUCUCCUCUCGAGCUUGGUCAGGCUCCUUGAAAGAAUGAAGCAAACAAAAGUAAUGAGGAAAACUGCAAUGUACAAACCAGUACGUACAAUCUGCGAGCAAUUUCGAGCUGCAACAAACAAACAUAUAAAGAUAUAAUUUGCAUCAAUUUUAGGAAAUUCUGUGAAAGUCUGGGAAAUAUAAGAGUUCAUCAUUAUUCUGAAAUCAAACUUUACAUGCGAAUAUUGCCGUGCCAUUUGUUUUUAUAUUGGAUGGAUGGAUACCGCUCGAAUCUCAGUCUAUCUACAUUCCCUUCCGAGUAUUUUGGUUGCCCUUACAUUAAAAUAGUAAUAUAUUCAACAUAUUCUUACUACCA